AUGCACCAGGCCCAGGACCCACAGAUGCUGGACCAGCUGUCCAAAAACAUAACAAGAUGUGGCCUGUCCAACUCCACUCUCAACUACCUCCGAGUAAGUAAAGCACACUUAUGAUAUUCAACCCUAUUUUGAUGUUUUUGGUCUUGAGUGAAAAUAGAAAGGGUCAAGUCAAACUUAGAAGGUUGUUUGGUAAAGAUGAAGGGCUGUAGUCACCACAUGUUACAACUGGAAAUGGUCAACAGAACAGUCUCUGUGUCAGGUGUGAAACUUUUGUACUGUCUUAUUUUUCGCUUUUUUAAACACAGUUAUUCAAAGGCUGGUUAGUCUGCUGUAGUCCACCCACUGUUUCAAAUGUAUCCCAUUAACUUCCUUUUGAAGACAAUAGAUGCCUUUGGUUUUUAUAUGGUUUGAAAAAGACAGAAAGAGUAAACCUCCUGCAUCAUUUUGCUUCAGAUUCAGUCUCUCUUAGUGAGCAGCCCCCUCACUUGAGAUCCUGUUGUAAAGAGCAACGGUGGGCACUAGUUUUUGACACAUAAUUAACUGUUUUCUAACAAUGUGAUCAGGUAAUUUUGAAGAGAGAAACACCUCUGCAUGAUUGGGAUCAUUUAAAGCACACUUUUUUCUAACAUUUGAAGAAAGUUAUUAGCAAGGAACAACUUGAAUUUAAGCAGAACCUCUCCUUUUAGAACUCCCGUCCUGCUAAUUACUUAUAAACCUGUUCCUUGAAAUUAAAAGACAGUCGUCCCGAUAUACAACUCUGUAAACACACACGAAGCCUGUCCAUUGAAUCAGUGCCGUGCCUGCUCUAGUCAAUGCUCAUGUUUCCACAAGGAGCACCACGCUGCAUCUCCACUGAGUCCCAGAAGUGUCUCCUCACUCUGUUCCGCUAAAGAUAUGUGCUGAGUCUAUUUUUGACAGAGUCCACAUCCAGCAUGCGUCAAGCUGAGCAGAGACAAUCGACCUGGACUGGAAGGCAAACAGCAUAUGCCAUCCAAUCCAUUUUAAGAUAAAAACACUGUGCAUGACUAUAUUCUCCUACCGGUGUAUAAGAUCAUCUAGAUAAGAAGAACUCACUGAUAACUGAUAUAUUAUGAACACAAAACAGCCACACUGCCAAUCCAAGAUUGAUUAAUCACAACAAAAUCUUUAUCUCCUAGCUUUGUCUGCUGGUAACAACACAUCACAGUAGAUCAUAUAAACACAUUUAAACCUGAACAAUAUAAAAAUUAUUACAAGGCUCACUGAGUAAUGGUAAAGGCAAAAAGUCACAGAGUGAUAUCCAAAGGAACGUUAACCAACCGAGGAAAGUCUCAGUAAUCUCAUGUUUGUAUGUUAUUUCCUGUAGAGUCAGUCUAGCUGUUUUAGUGGUCCAGGGUAGGGCUGGGCGAUAAACCGAAAAUUUAGCGAUACCGAAAUGUACGACAAUAAUCAACGUCAUUUUGCCGUUAUCGGUAUAUUCUGUGUCAUUAAAAUAAAUAAAAGGGAGUUUUGGAUGUGUGUAGGUAGGCUAUGGUCUCAUGUCUCUUUAAGACGUUGUCCUACGUCAGAGUUAUGACUCCACCCCAUCCAGUCUGUAACAAAGAGGGAAAGACAGGUGAGGAGAUGGAGGGGGUUCAAAAGUUGUAGCGGCUGAAGCGACGACUGAAAUAGACGGAGCAAAUGUGGGAGGGAGUGAGCAGUUUGUGGAGUAGUUAUUGCCCAUUUUUCGUUAUCAAGGUGAACUGCUCAAUAUAUCUUAAUAUAAAUUUAAGGCCGUAUCACUCAGCUCUAGUCCAGAGUGUGGGCCGUCAAAGGGUGCAGAAUGGGAACGUGGCUCACACACUUCCUGAGGGUUUCAGGCAUUACAAUCCCAUCUUGUGCUCCUUUAACAGCGAACUUUGGAAAAAGAGCUCUGAAAACCUGCACAAACUUUACUCUGUUGUUUAUGUGUGAAAUAUUUGAAACUUUAGGGUGUUUUUUGUGGUAUGGCACGGUAACAUAGUUUUACAAGAGUGCUCUCCAGAUGGUGGGAGAUGAGACUUACAGUCUGUCUGUGUGCAUCUGGAGGUCUUUAUAGUUCAAACUCAGUGAAGGAGUAAAACAAAAAUUACAGCUUUUUCUGCAACGAAAAGGAAGACACUGAAAUAAAGCAGUGGGGAGAAACAUGAAAACAUGCAAAUAUACUGAAGUUCAUUCUCAGUCCAGAAAAAAAUAACGUAGAAAGCCAACAAACUUUUCUUCAUCAAGUUUCCUGACGAGAGAACAAACAAACAGAUGAAGUCAUCAGCGCUGAACACCAACUGCUAAUGAUGCUGCUUCAUCGAUCGACUUAUCUCUAAUGAUUGUAAACACCGUGUGAUCUCUUGCUUCUCUGUUCCCUCCUCCAGCUGUGUGUGAUACUGGAGCCCAUGCAGGAGCUGAUGUCCAGACACAAGACAUACAGCCUCAGCCCCAGAGACUGCCUCAAGACCUGCCUCUUCCAGAAAUGGCAAAGGAUGGUGGCACCACCAGGUAGGCAAAAAAAAAAAAACGCACAGCUUACUAAAUAAGACGACAGAAAAACGUGUUUUAUAAACUGUAUUUACUCUUUUUUUUGCAGCUGAGCCAUCAAGACAAGCCCCAAACAAACGGCGGAAGCGUAAGAUGUCGGGCGGCAGCACCAUCAGUGGAGGAGGAGGAACUACUAAUAACAACAACAACAAAAAGAAGAGCCCUGGCAGCGGCUUCCCUCUGUCCAGCCAAGUUCCAGUGAGUACAUGGCUGCUAUCUAGUGUCCGUACUCUGCUAUUACACCUCCAUUGAUAACCUCUGUCCUUACAAAUACAGUAUAAUGCCGUAUUGAUUCAUUAGCUAACAACAUCAAAAUAGCAUGUAGAGCAGGUCGCGGUGAUGGCACGUUAUAUAACAUCGGAAUCAGUCAGGCUGUCCUUUUGAUUCUGGGUUUUAUUUGUGAUUCAUCAAAGUACAGUUCCUGGAAAGAGGUGGAGUCAUGGCUGGAGGCAGAGUUCUGCAUAUUAUGGAGUCCUUUGUAAAUAGUGCCUGAACAAAGCGUGACAACCAGGGCUUGACACUAACGUUGUUCACAAGGAUCACAUACGCUUCUAAGUUGUAAAAGUAAGAAGCACACAAAGAACUUUAGUGGUGCAAUUAAAAUUGAUCAAUUAAUGUGUGUUUUAUUGGUCGACAGAAGUACUAUUAUAUUUUAAAUUAAUUUUAGGUCAUGGAAGCUGUUGGAAAAAAAGGUUCCAGAUUUGCCUUUAAAUUUAACACAAAAAUAUUCAGAGGGCAAAUUAGGGAAAUAAAGAUGUUUGUCUUAUGUCCGACCUUUCUACUAUUAAUCAAAAUCAGUUUUAGGUCAAUUGGUCACAUAACAUGGAAGCUUUUUUUUUAAGUACAUUGUUACGACCUGGAAGAAUGGUUAGGGGAAGAUGGGAAGUAACAAUAAAUUAAAACCGGACAGGGGAGACGAAAUGAAGAGUAGGAAACAGUAAAUCAGGAUAAGCGGGUAAUUUAUUAACAAUCAAAAUUGAUAACAAAAAGAUCAAACAACUAAAGGCGAGCACGAGGCCAAUUAUCAAUCACGUUCUUCAAAAGAAACCAAAGUCCACUGCCAACUAAUUAAUCAAACAAAAGAAACACCACAGGCUCCUGCCACCGGAAAACCUGGUCUUCAAGAACACCAAAACGCACAAGAUUGAAACACAGUCAACAAAUCGGUAGAUCCGAGAAUCAGAGCAGCUGUGCCUUCUUAUACCCGCCCCCACUCAUCACACCAAGCAGGUUCACCUGACACACCUGGGAGAGACACACAGCAGAAGACGCAGGACACACCCACACUCGUAACAUUCAUCAACCGGUAAUUUAUUGACGGUCCCUUAUUCAACACCCGACGUUGACAGCGAGGGUGCUGAGUAGAUUUAAUCACACUGCUGUUGCUAUUCCCGGUUAUGAAGAGUGAGAAGACACCGAUAGAUCCGCAGUGAAUGUCUGUCGAAAAUCCAACCUAAAACUAACUUCACUGCGGUAUUUACAUGAAAAAACAUUUGUCACCUCAGCUGAUUUUUUGCACAUGUGCCCCUAAAUACAUUUUACAAUUUGCAAACAUCAAUUUUUAGAUGUAUUUUUAUUUUUUUGGAAACGGUCGAGCCCUGAUAACAAAGCCCUUCAAAUACAGACAACUUAACAGCUCAUCAGGUGUGCAGUAAACUUUACAGACAUUGACUGAAUUAAAGUCAACGCACUGUGUUAAGAGUUAGCUCGAUGUAUCGGCCUUAAAGCUGUGUCGCACUGUUGGUUGGUUACAAAACUUUGUGAAAACUAAAAUGCCAGGAAAAAGUUUCAUUAAAAACUGCAAUGACCCAAACAAAAAGUAAUGACCACAAUGAUGUGGGAAAAUGAUCAUACAGGACAUUAAGCCCAGUUUCAGUUUAGAGGAAAUAUGACAGCUGAGUCGGUUUUUGACAGAAGGUAUGUGGGAGAUUUAGCUAAAGCUGAAGAAAGUUCUUUGCUUUAAUGAGACAGAAUCGGGGGUUUUGGCUAAAUGGUGUGUGCAGUGAAAGCCAAAUCCUGCUAUUCAGCUGAAAAAUGGCAACACAGAGAACCAGCGAGCUCAAAGCUGAGAUGGUCAUGUGAAAUAAGCCAUGAAAGUGGAUCAAGACCCUUAUACACAGGCUUCACAGCAAGAAGAUUACUGGUUUAAAUCCCUACCUGGGCAGAGGCCUGUCUGUGUUGAGUUUGCAUGUUCUCCUCCAUGCAUGAGUGGACUUUCUCCGGAUAAUCUGGCUCCUCUCAUGGUCCAAGAACAUGCCUGUCAGGUUCAUUGGUCACUCUAAAUCACCAGUAGGGGUAAGCGUGGGUGCGUGAGAGACUGUCUCUGUAUGUCAGCCCUGUGAUAGGCUGGCAACUUGUCCAGAGUCUGAAUGUACUUCUUUUUCGUGUCCCUGCAGGAUGUAAUGGUGGUGGGCGAGCCCACGCUGAUGGGAGGGGAGUUUGGCGACGAAGACGAGCGUCUGAUCACACGGCUCGAGAACACGCAGUUCGACGCGGCCAACGGCAUCGAUGACGAGGACAGCUUCAACAACUCUCCAGCGCUGGGCUCCAACUCACCCUGGAACAACAAAGCCCCCUCCAGUCAGGAGAGCAAGAGCGACAACCCCACCUCACAGGCAUCGCAGUAG